AUGGUCUCCCUUGCCGCCACGACUUCACGCAAAUCGGCGCUACCGGCCACACCGACGCUAACUCGAUCCAAAAUGCUUCCGGCUUCCUCUCCAGUCCCGAUUCUCAAAACCUCCAAACGUCCUUCCGUGGUCGCCGGCUCGAAACGGAAAAUGAGUGAACUGGAAAUACCCCUCUCUCCGUCCUCAUCCCAGGUCGACGACGCGUCGGAAUCCCUUCCUCCCACCAAGAAGCGACCCCGCGUUCAGUUUGAUCAAGACGUGAAGAUACAUGAAGACAACUCAUCAGAUAAGAGCUUGGCAGUCAUUCGGGAGGAGGUCCGCGGGGCUAUCCACCGACAUGUCACUAUGUCAGAGAGUGAGGGCUACGACCGAGUCAAGGGGAUUUUUUCUGCCGAUCCGAAAAAACAAGGCGAUGACAGCCUGCUUGCAUAUGAAUCGCCAACACACGCAUCUUUGAGGAACCACCUUCUUGGUCUUGUUUCGCAUGUCGCGUCCUUGGACCGUUCCUGCAGCGGGUUGGUCCAUGCCAUCAUCAACAGCGAGUGGCUCGGACGAGACGAAGCCUACGUAAAGCUCUACAUCCGGUUCCUGGGCAACCUUGCCGCGGCGCACGGUACCUACCUCGGUCCUGUCUUGAAGAUGUUAGCCACCUAUUUCGGGUCUAUCCCUCGAGGACACGGUCGACUGCCAGGUUACGCAGUUAUCUCACCAUCCGAAAUGCACACUCGAGCUCAUAUGGCAAUGCGCCACGUGCUGCGGCUCAUCCCCGCCGCUAGUGGAUCACUCUCUCCGAUCUUGUCUACCCAGUUCCCCAUCGAUUCAGACCUAGCUAGCGCGAACAUCGCCUACACCCGCAAUCUCAUCCAAAUCAUCACGUAUGCCCCAGAGCUUCAGUCCGAUAUCCUGGCUCUUAUCACUGAGAAGCUUGUUAAGGUCGAUGUUGAAAUUCAGGUUGAUAUGGAGGACUUUGAAGAGGAGGUCGGCGAUGCAAUCUUGCAUGAAGUUGAUGACGAAGUUGACGAUGAGGUUGACGACGAGGCUGAUGAUGAUGAUGAUGCCUCGGUCGCCAGCGAUGACUCGGAAGAUGACGACACCAAGGGGGCCAAGAAGAUCAAGGAUAAUAUUUCUAAAGUGGAUGGGAUGAUUGAUAUCCUCUUUGAGUACUUUUCGCCCCCGUUCACCUCGGGCACUCUGGAUGACAAGGAGAAUGCGUUGGAUCUGCUCCUCAGCCACUUUCAAACAAUCAUCCUUCCUACAUACCGAUCCCGUCACUCGCAGUUCCUCUUGUUCCAUUUCUCUCAGGUCUCGCCCGUGCUCAUCGAUCGCUUCGCCUCCACAUUUGUACAGCUUAUCUUCAACAAGCUGCAGCCUGGCAUCAUACGCCAAUCAGCAGCUGCAUACUUGGCCAGCUUUGUUGCACGUGGUGCCCAUAUCUCUGGAGAAGUCGUUCGCGACGUCUUCGAUCUCCUUCUCACACACCUUAACAGUCUACGUACGGACUACGAGGACAACUGCCGCGGUCCCGAUCUUCGUCGCUUCGGACCUUUCUACUCCACCGCACAGGCCCUGCUGUACAUCUUCUGUUUCCGGUGGCGUGAUCUGACAACCGCUGCAAUUGAUGGCGAUACUCCAGACCAGGUGGACGAGCUUGAGCCGGGCCAGGUCGCAUUCCCUCCUAACAUCAAAGAAUUCCUUCACAAAUGUAUAUAUUCGCGACUGAACCCACUCAAAGUGUGCUCCCCGGCUAUCGUCUCCGAGUUCGCCCGCAUUGCCCACCACUUCCAAUUCCUAUACGUCUACCCUCUCCUUGAGACCAACAAGCGCAUCCGCGUCACUGCCUUCAGGGGCCUUUCCAAUAUCUCAGAUUCUCGCUUCAAUCAUGUCGGCCGCGAGAUCCGCGCUGGCGAUAACAGCGGCUAUCAACUUGAUGCAUACUUCCCUUUCGAUCCUUAUCAGCUUCCCCGCAGCCGUCGCUGGCUAGAAGGCGACUACGUCGAGUGGCGCGGUAUCCCAGGUCUCGACGACGCAAACGACUCAGAUAGCGGAGCUGAGGAGUCCGAUGAUGAAGACGGCGGAGAUAUUACUGAGACUGAUGAUGAGUGA